UUGGGCAAGGGUUGCAUGAAGUGUGCCCCUGAAUAGAAACAUGACGGAUUUCCAAGCUGCAAAUUCAGUCAUAUAGAUGGCCAUGUUUGAAUGCACAGAGAAAUGCAAAAACAACAGGAUUAAUGCGCUGUUGAGCUGCAUCGCUGUCCUGUCAUUGGAAUGAAACUGAAACGUUAUCAUCAUUAUAUGUGGACUCCGGACGCACAUGCUGAAUUCUGACCCGACUUAUCCUACAAGAGCAAGUUCAUCACCAUGCUUUCUCAUUCUCCUGUGGAGUAACCGAGACUGGUGUAGAGGAAGAAGCUUCUGCCUGUUAAUACUAUGGAUUUAUGUCAGGUUUUCUUUUAAAUAACGCAUUCCGAUUUGGAUUAAAUGAUUUCUUCGAUUUUUAUAUCGAUAAUAUUGACGCUCACAGCCUGCAGCCCGAAUAGGGCAAGUGUGAGGUGGCCAUGAGAAUGCUAUACAUCAUGGCUGACCAUCUGGAGUGUCUCAGCUACACUUUGUACAGAAAUUCGUCCUAGCUUAUCCGUACAUCACGAAACCCUAUAAACGGCCAACCAAGGGAAUAUAACCUUGGUAUCACGCCAUCUUUGCAUCUCUUCCCCUCACUGCUUUCAAACCAAUGCUACAUUAUUUAUAUCAUGGGAUGCAUGAAAUCCAAGCACCGCGACCCCACUCAGAACUCCGGCUCGUCGGAGAAAGUGGAUGGCAAGCCAGGAAAGCAAGGCGAGAAAGCAGUUCUAGUUUUCUCAGAGAUUGGCUCCAUGGAGGACCCGGUACGGGUCAAUCCGGUUCUGCUGGACUAUGCCCAGAGACUCUCAGAAGAAAUUGUAGCCCGGGCAGUACAACAAUGGGCUGAGGUGGACAGCCGGUACAGUGACAUCCCCUACAUUGAGUGUGAUGUGCCAUAACAUUUCAGCUGUAUGGAAUAAAAUUGGAUUGGUCUGGUUCACACCUCUCUCUGUCCAGGAGAACUUUCAGAUGGACAACUUAAGGCCGGUGGAGGAUCAUGCCAUUUUGGGAAGCUGUUCUUUUGCUGCUCGUUUUUUUUUUUUUUUUUUACCUACAAGGAUUCACAUGAAAUAUUCAGCCUUUUUUUUGUUGUUUGUUUUUACACAUUAAAAGUCACAUUUAGGGGCCUGUUUUCUUAACAGAAGGCCAUGGAGCUGUUAAACCACAAGAUUGCAUCUUUUUAUGUCUCUUGUUUAUCCCCAAAGCCCAGUCGUUUAAUUAGAGAGUCUCUGCAGUUGUCCAAAGGCCACAAUCAUCCCAACCAUGUUUAGUACAGACUUCAUCUUUUCGCCUUGAGUAUUUCUCAUGUUCAAAAGGCUCAGCACAUCAGACAGUACAGUAUUUCUAUUUUCCAUCUUUCCAUCCAUCAGUUUUGGUCACAUUUGUGAAAUUUCAUUGGCAAAAAAAACAAAACAAGAAAAAAAACAAGAAACUUUUUCCUUGAUUUAAGUUAAGGUGACCAACUCAAACCCAUUGCAAAAUCUGUGUGGGGGAAUCUUUCACCCUUGUGCAGUAUUCCUGAUCACACGGAUUUCUACUGACUGGAUUUUGCCUGUGAAAAUUCAUUGAACAAUGGUAAAUGUGACCACAUGUUUAAAGAACGUCUGCUCAGGGGUCACGGUUUCUUUUUAAGGAGCUAGCGCUGGCUUUUAGGGAUCGAUAGGCAUACAUUAUUUCCCUGCUAACCUUUUUUUGACAUGACAGCUCUGUCGACUGUAAUUCCUGAUACAAACAACCUUGUGGUCACUAAGGAUGGAUGUUGAUUAUACAAUUAAGAGAUAUAAAAGAUCUUAAUCAUCCUGCAUCCACAUGAUGCAAUGAAAGACUGCAUCCAAGAGAAGGAUUCCCAAACUUUGUGCAUUAAGCCAUUAAACUAUUUAGUUAUAAGACGAUUUUCUUCUGUGCAGCUCAAAUAUGCAAUUCCUAAAGGCCAAAAUGUUAUAAAAACAAACUUAGUGCUACCAGACUGCCGAACCCCUCGCUAGGAGACAAAAUUCAGACAGGGGACCAAACAUGCCAGUGCCCUUAAUGAUUGUUAAUACAAGCACAAUUUUACUCUUCUGGUAGUGUUUUAACAGCUGCUCACCAAUGCUUUUUAUUGAUGUGAUAUUGGCACUUCUGGGUCUUGUGCCAUGCUGUCAGGUAGCCAUAUUCCCUUUAAUGAUCUCCAGAUCAAUAGAGUACAGCAGUUGCGUUCUGGAAGUAAAAAUCACAUUUGUUUUCUCCAUAGAGAAAAUGAUUUUUAGUGAUAAUGUGUUAACCUUUUAAAACAGACCUACCAUGAGCUCUAAGGUGAUUAACUAAUGAUUUCAACUACAUAUUAAAAAAUAUCAAUUUCAGAGAUCACCCUCUCCCAUAGAGCACUGUGAAUUGUGUAAUCAAAUAUAUAUUUUUUAAAUCACUUAUGUUUGUGCAUAUCUGAUUUUUUUGCAAUUGCGUGUUAUAUUUAAUUUUUAUCUAUCAUCAUAUUCAGUCAUAAAAUAAUUCACAGUUCACAAUGAAGUUCAAUUUUUUUUUUACCUUUGCCUUGUCAUACAGAUUGUCAAAAUGCGUUUUUGCUUUAAAUCAAAAGUUGAUGAAGCUGUUAAUUUUGGUUCAUGGUUUUAAACUCUUUACUGAAGAAUUUCAGUUUCAAAUUCCAAUGGAGAAAACAAAUGAGAAAAUUACUUCCGGAACAAAGGCCACUGAAGACGUGGGUAGUCACUGUUACAGCCUGUUGCAAAGACAAUUAAGCAAGAACUGCACUUUGACCAUUAUACUUUUGCAUAGAAAGUCAUAAAUGCAGAGCAAAUCUUAAGAAAGAAGGACCUAAAGAUGUAUUUUAAGAGGCCUUUCAGCACAUUACUAUAUGUGCUCAGAGUAGAGUUUGAGAUCAUCUCAGUAUCUAAAAGAACAAUCAGCACAGGCUUCACUGGGGUUCAUUACUCUCAUUAGUUUUCCAUUCAAGGCCAAAUAAAACUAGAUUAUAUUUUAUUGAUGAGUGUAAGUGUGUAAUCACCUACAACAAAAAAGUGCUUCAAAUACAGUAUCAUCCAGUCAAAACCAGGAUCUCCAGUAAUCUCAUAAAUGUUUGAUGAGGUGCAGGUGAUUCUAACCAAAAUUGUAUUUCAUAUUUCAGUGUAUAUUUCAGACAGAAGUGAUUUAUCUGUAAUCUGUGCAACUCAGUUCUGUAACCUAAAGAAAAGGGAAAAAACUGCUUCGCCAAUAAAAAAAACCAUGGCCUUUGUCGAUA